AUGUCUCAGCCUACAGACGGCACCGCCCGUGGAAGCGUCCCAUUCCUUCCCCCGGAGCUUAGCCUUCGGAUCAUCGAAGAAUCUGAAGAGGCUUCUAUCUGUCUUGUGAACCAUCUCUCUAGAGGCAAGCUCAAAUGUGACGGCGGCUUCCAGGACUAUACCACAGUCAUCUAUACCCGUGGUGAGAAACACAGAGACGGGACAUUGUCUCGUGGAAAACUGGAGUCUCUCCCGAUGCAGCAUCGUUGCAUCGCGGGAGUCAUCCGGACUUCAGAAACACCGGCUCUCCCCUUUGAUCAUUCAGACGACUAUUCGAUUGAGCUCGCAAUCAGCCACCUCACAAAGCGUACGGUAGUAGCUGAGCUUGGUAUGGACGAAGACAUAGCCAAUCCAGUCCUCAAUCUGGAUAAACACGCAUUCAUGGAUUAUUGUCCUCUCAAGUUUAUCAACGCUCGCUAUUUGGGAUGUACAUUGCUCGACAGACAAUUCAUCGCAACAGUUCCAAUUGAGAUUGGUGGCGACGACAAUAUUCGACAACUCGCCGGUAUCACUCGAGGAAACCAAACCGCACUGACUCACCGACUACGACCAGACGAUGACAAACUGGCCUGUGAAAAGAUCAGAAAGUUGAUGAUCCGAACAAACAAAGUCUCCUACAACGUUAUAUUGAGAAAUCUUCUCAUGAUCAAUCAUCAACUGGACAAAGUGCGUAGUGUUUAUAGAUGGAGCUCGAAUUUAUGCGCCUACCGAGACGAGCUUGUGAGCUCUCCACUGCGCCCCAAAUGGGAACUGCUGAAAAAUCUCGACACUCUUUGUAUUGACAUGACCGGACUGACGGCGCUCCAUGAAGAACCUCUGCUGGGGGUUCAGAUCAACAAGAUGGCGCGCUGUCUUAAUCUGAAAACACUCAUACUCCUGGGUGUGCCAUGUCUUGCUAGGUAUGAAGCCGAGAUUCUAAAUGAGGAGCAAGAAGGAGAGACAGGAGAGGAUGCAUGGGUUGCCUGUCUCGAGGACAACCCUUAUUUCAGAUAUGAGGGCACCACUCUUACAUCGACCAACUGGCUGUACCUCUUCAAGGACCUUGUUCGACCUGGUGGUCGAAUCCAUUUCAUUGCAGAUAUGCCACCAGGCUCCCCGUAUUGGCCCAGCCCAAACGCCAGUGUUGAGGCUAUCGAGGACGGCUUACAGUGA